GCGUAUAUUUCCCACCCUCCACAAUCAGAACCGCUCCCCAAAUUCCCCAGUCUUCUGCUUUACAACCCUACCCCCCCUCCCCCAUUCAAAACCCUAGAAACCCCCCCUUUUUUUCCCCAAACAAAACCUCAAUUUUGUCAAAUUGAGUAUAUCAAUUCCCCCCUCCUCAAUUCUUACAUGGCUGGCGUCCAGCCGAGGGAGCAGGCGCUCCCACUACUAGCGGCGGCGAACAACCAUGGAGAUUUGGCCGUGAAGUUGUCGUCAUUGAAGCAGGCUAAGGACAUCUUGUUGUCCGUUGAACCGUCCCAGGCGGCGGAGCUUUUUCCUUACUUGGUCGAGCUCCAGUCCUCCCCUGAAACCCUCGUCAGAAAGUACCUCCUUGAGGUAAUUGACGAGAUCGGGGCCAGAACAAGGGAACAUCUGUCCAUUUUACUGCCUGUCUUAUUGACAUUUUUGAAAGAUAAUAAUCCUGUGAUUGCAAAGCAAUCUAUAGUCACUGGCACAAAAUUUUUUUGUAUUGUGUUGGAGGAGUUGGCAUUUCAGUUUCAACGGCGUGGUAUAGUUGAGAGAUGGCUUGAAGAGCUGUGGACAUGGAUGAUCAAAUUUAGGGAUGCUGUAUUGGGCAUUAUCUUUGAGGUUGGUUCUGUUGGUCCAAAGUUGUUAGCAAUAAAAUUUCUGGAAAGAUAUGUUUUAUACUUCACGUUGGAUUCAAAUGAUUUCGGAACAUGCAGCCCAGAGGUAAUGAUAAGGCAAGGAAGGGUUUUUAAUAUCUCGUGGAUAAUGGAUGGUCAUCCUCUGUUGGAUCCACCUGCUCUUGUGGCAGAUGCAAACAGAUUUCUAGGCGUUUUAUUGGAUAUGUUGCGGUCAGCUAGUAAUUUCCCUGGUUCCUUGACUAUAGCUGUUGUGAAUAGUAUUGCAGCGAUAGCACGGAAGAGGCCCAUCUACUAUAAAUCUGUACUUUCUGCACUGCUUGAUUUUGCUCCAAGUUUUGAGGUAGCAAAGGCUCGCCAUACUGUCAGCAUUCAGUAUUCUUUGAGAACUGCAUUUCUAGGAUUUCUGAGGUGUACUCAUCCUGUCAUUGCAGAGUCAAGAGAUAGAUUGAUUAGAGAGUUGCGUGCAAUGAAUGCUGGAGAUGCUGCUGAUCAAGUUAUCCGACAGAUGGAUAAAAUCAUGAAAAACAAUGAGCGUGCUUCAAGGGAUCUGCAAGUGAGUAAGGAUGAUCAGCUAUCCAAUCAGUUGCAUGUUUCAGGGGACGUGACAAAGAAAAGAUUGGCGCCAGUGGACAAUGAAGAUCUAAACAAUAGCUUUGAUGCCACUUCUAAGAGACUCCGUUAUGGCCUUCAUAACAAUAUACCUGCCACUGUUGAUUUUACUGAUGCCAGGCAGGAUAAUGUGAAUGGGAUUUCCCCUAAACUUCCUGUAUCAGAUGGAGAUCUAACUCCGGAGGAACAGAUGAUUGCUAUGAUUGGUGCUUUAAUUGCAGAAGGGGAAAGAGGACUUGAAUCUCUUGAGAUUCUUAUAUCUAACAUACAUCCUGAUUUACUUGCUGACAUUGUCAUAACGAAUAUGAAGCACUUGCCAAACAAUCCACCUCCUUUGACCAGAUACAGUAACUUGUCUCUGAAUCGUCCUAGUGAUUCUUCUAGUGAUCCAUCCCAGGUAGUUGCGUCAAAUGGCUUUCCAACUAUUCAGGCAUUGGAAGUUUCAGCUCAAGUACAUGCAUCUUCAUCAAACACAACUAGUUUGCCAUUUUUGGAUAUGUCCACUUCCACUAGUCCCUCCACAGAUUCCAAACGUGAUCCGCGGAGGGAUCCGCGUCGCCUUGAUCCAAGGCGCAUGGUAGUUCCAGUUGAUGCACCACCAUCAUCUGUUGUGGAAGAUAAUGCUAAUCCCGUUCAAUAUCUAGCUGCCCUAUCUGACAAUGAUGCUUCUAGCUUGUCCAAUCCCCCUGUAUUGCUGCCUCCACCAUCUAUUUCUGAAAGUACUUCUGGCCUUGUGAUGCCCUCAACUGAAACCAAUUUAAAUCUAUUGGAAUCUCCUGUAAUAUCAGAAGGUAACCAGUCAAUUCCGAAAUUUGAAGUCCAGGAUGUGGAAGACAAUGAAUUCACCCCAGACAGGGAAACAAGUAAUGGUGUACAACGUUUGUCGUCCCCUAUUAGCAAAGUCGAAGACUCUGUUGUGCAAGCAUCAAUAGAUGUUGCUGUGCUCGAUGAAGCAUAUUCCCCAUCAUCAUCAGAAGCAGAACAACUUUCACCAGAUAGGUCAAAUUUUGAAGCAUCUGAGAUUGCAUCCACAGAGUUCCCGGUCCUUCCGCUGUACAUUGGGCUGGCUGAAGACCAUCAAAGAAAUGCAAGGAGACUGGCACUUGAACGGAUAAUUAAUUCGUAUCAAAAUUCCCAUAGAACAGAUUUGAAACAAACACAAAUUGCAUUGGUUGCCCGAUUGUUUGCACAGACUGAUGUUAAUGAUGUGAUUGGAAUGGUGCAACAACGUAUUGUAUCAGAUUAUGAACAGCAAAAGGGGCAUGAGCUUGUAAUGUAUAUCCUUUACCAUCUGCACAGUCUUGUCAUCUCAGAUCCUGCGUCUUCUGUUGCCGUUGUAUAUGAGAAGUUCCUUCUUGGAGUGGCAAAAUCUUUGCUAGGCGAUUUGCCAGCAUCUGACAAGUCUUUUAGUCGACUUCUUGGUGAAGUUCCUUGUAUACCUGAUUCUGUGUUGGGGCUGCUGGGUGAUAUAUGCACCAGAAGUCAGUCGGGAUCAGAUGGUCGUGAUGGUGAUCGUGUCACUCAAGGUCUUGGUGCGGUGUGGAGCUUAAUUUUGGGGCGGCCAGGCAGUCGGAAAGCAUGUUUGGAUAUAGCCUUGAAGUGUACAAUUCACCCAAAGGAUGAUGUUCGGGCAAAAGCUAUACGUCUGGUGUCCAACAAACUAUAUGCAAUUAGCUACCUUUCUGAGAGCAUUGAGCAGUUUGCAACAGAUAUGUUCUUGUCAGCCAUAGAUCAGCGGUUUUCAGAUUCAGUAGUUUCGCAAUCUGCAGAGUCUGAGAAAAGAGUUGGGGGACAGGUGGAAAGUGCUGAAACAUCCAUAAGUGGUUCUCAAGUUUCAGAUCCUGAAAUAUCUCAAAAUGACACUAAGGGUGUCCAGAAUGCAUCCCUGGAUGAUACAUCAAUUCCUUCUCUCCAAGCUUACAGCCUCAUGUCUUUGUUUUUCGCAUUAUGCACAAAGAAACCAACUCUUCUGCAACUGGUUUUCGACAGUUAUGGGCGUGCCCAGAAGGCUGUUAAGCAGGCUGUGCAUCGUCAUAUAUCUGUCCUUAUGAGGGCGAUGGGGUCAUCAUUCUCUCAACUGCUCAGUAUAAUAUCUAAUCCACCCCAUGGAAGUGAAGAUUUAUUGACUCAGGUUCUUCAUGCAUUAUGUGAAGGGAUAACACCACCUCCAGAUCUAGUGGUGACUGUCAAAGGUUUAUAUGAGACCAGACUAAAGGAUGCUACUAUUCUUAUACCAAUUAUAUCUGCUUUUUCCAAAGAUGAGGUUUUACCUAUUUUCCCUCGGCUUGUCCAGCUUCCAUUGAAUAAGUUUCAGAUGGCACUUGCUCAUAUUUUACAGGGUUCUGCUCACACAGGUCCUGCAUUAACCCCUGCUGAAGUGUUGGUAGCAAUCCAUGACAUUUCUCCUGAGAAAGACGGGCUUCCACUCAAAAAGAUCACGGAUGCCUGCUCAGCUUGUUUUGAGCAGCGCACAGUUUUUACGCAACAAGUCCUUACAAAAGCCUUGAAUCAGAUGGUUGAUCGGACUCCACUUCCGCUCCUUUAUAUGAGAACAGUAAUUCAAGCAAUUGAUGCAUUUCCAACACUGGUUGAUUUUGUCAUGGAAAUUCUGUCCAAACUUGUGAACAGGCAGAUAUGGAGAAUGCCAAAACUAUGGGUUGGCUUCUUGAAAUGCAUCUCCCAAACACAGCCACAUUCCUUCCGUGUAUUGUUACAGUUGCCGCCACCUCAGCUUGAAAGUGCUCUGAACAAAUAUCCUAAUCUUCGUGGUCCUCUUACUGCCUUCGUGAAUCAGUCUAGUGUUCAAACUUCUUUACCUAGGUCAACGCUAGUGCUUCUUGGCCUUGCCCCACCAGAAGAACAUAUGCAGCACCCGCACGUCACUUCAUCUUUGCAUGCGUCAGAUCCAAGUUCUUCAGUUCGCGGGGCAACAUUUACAUGACAGAGAGCUGAGAAAGAAAUAGGGAACCUGUAUCAUUUUAUACAUUUGCGAACGUGGAGGUUUUCCUACUCUGGAGACAUCUCACAUUGCACAUUCGGUUGCCAAAAUUAACAUUUGUGGCCUGAUUCUCGGACUCGAUUUGGACUUAGGGAGCGGUGAUGCAGCCAGGCCUCGGCAGCUUUUUUUGAUCAUGAUGGGUUUUCUUCUUCACAUGGUAGCAAAGGAGUUGCUAUUUGGUGGUUGCCCUGUUUUCUGUUUUUCAGUUGUUAUAGUUGAUUUUGUCACAGCAUCCUCUGUAAUCAAUAAUUCCUUGUGUAGUAUAUGCUCCCACCGGAGACGUCGCUUGUGAGGGAGCCAAAAAUAUAAUUUGUAUCCGUGAAAGGAAGUUCUAUAUUUUCCAAUGAUUAAUCAGCUGAUCCAACUCCAGAAACCGAAUAGAGUGAUCAAUUAGCAUGUCUGGAUGAUGUUGAUUUCAA